CUUGUGCUGGACGUGCCUCAUGAUAUCUCUCAUCCUCCGCCCGCACAUGACUCGACAAACAGACGUCCCCUCCCUCGACACACAUGUUCUGAAGCCGCGUGAGCACCGAAUCUGCUCCUGUCAUCCAUCCCGCCCGCUCGGUCCAGCUAGCCAUGUCUACAGGUUCUAUCAGCGACGUCGACGACUUUCAGGAUGCGGAGCUCUUGGAUGGCCUUCUGAAGUUUGGGUCGGGGAAAGACUCGGGUGCCGAGGAAAGCACCGAGGAAAGCUCCAACUGUGAGGGCGCGAGCGCCCCAGAACAUACCGGAACCGCCACAUCAGCUAAACGAAGGAAAACGGCAACUUCGCGGAAAUCAGCAAAUAACGGUGUAGCUCACGAGGGCAAACAGGUCUCGAGGAAUGCGGCCAACGCGAGGGAAAGAGCAAGGAUGCGCGUGCUCAGCAAAGCCUUCUCGCGGCUGAAGACAACUUUACCUUGGGUGCCAGCGGACACUAAACUCUCAAAACUGGACACAUUACGGUUAGCCUCCAGCUACAUAGCACAUCUCCGACAAAUACUAGCCAGUGACAAAUAUGAUAACGGAUACAUCCAUCCUGUUAAUCUGACUUGGCCUUUCAUGGUGGCCGGGAAGCCGGAAAAUGAACUGAAAGAGAUGCUCAACUCCACCCGAUUAUGUGGGACAACGGCAUCCUGAGCUUUCCAUGGGACUUUCCAAAGACUGGGACUUAAUUUUCAAAUUCUCUUCCUUCCUCUAUUUUUGUUAUCAUCAUCGUCAGCAGUGGCGCGUCAUCUCCUUUGAAAGUGACACGAGUGGGAAUAAUUGAGGAUUAACCUCACACGCAUUCCCGUAUGAAGAAAUUAUGAUUUUAUAUUUAAGAAUACGUAUAAUGGUCCCGCUGGUUCAGGACGUGCAAUUUGUAUGACUCUUCUCUCUAUUUUUACUUGUUUGAUUUCUAUUGUUCAUUUUCGUAUUUGUAAACAAAGGUUUUCUGAACUCUUUUUAAAAUGUACAGACAGUAGCUGCUUUUAAUGCCAUUGGUCUGCUUCUGUGACCUGCAUAAACGACAUUCCUAGUGUCUCCCUUUUAAAAGUAGAAAUAUUGCAAAUAAAAGGUAAUUGUAUUCUUACAAAUGA